AUGGGUGAAAGGAAAGGUGUAAACAAGUACUACCCUCCCGAUUUCAACCCUGAAAAGCAUGGCUCGCUCAACCGAUACCACAAGAGCCACCCGCUCCGGGAGCGGGCUCGGAAGCUGUCCCAGGGCAUUCUCAUCAUCAGAUUCGAGAUGCCAUAUAACAUCUGGUGUGAUGGCUGCAAGAACCACAUUGGCAUGGGUGUUCGUUACAACGCGGAAAAGAAGAAGGUUGGCAAUUACUACACGACCCCUAUCUACAGAUUCCGGAUGAAAUGCCACCUCUGCGUCAACUACAUCGAGAUGCAGACGGACCCUGCCAACUGCGACUAUGUGAUCGUGAGUGGUGCCCAGCGCAAGGAGGAGCGCUGGGACAUGGAGGACAAUGAGCAGGUGCUGACGACAGAGCAUGAGAAGAAGCAGAAGCUGGAGACAGAUGCCAUGUUCCGUCUGGAGCAUGGGGAGGCCGACCGGAGCACACUCAAGAAGGCCCUCCCCACCCUGAGCCACAUCCAGGAGGCACAGAGCGCCUGGAAGGACGACUUCGCCCUCAACAGCAUGCUGCGCAAGAGGUUCCGGGAAAAGAAGAAAGCGCUGCAGGAGGAGGAGGAGAGGGACCAGGCCCUGCAGGCCAAGGCGAGCCUGGCCAUCCCCCUGGUGCCUGAGACGGAGGAUGACCGCAGGCUGGCCGCCUUGCUCAAGUUCCACACGCUGGACUCAUAUGAGGACAAGCAGAAACUCAAGCGGACAGAGAUCAUCAGCCGCUCCUGGUUCCCCUCCACCUCGGGGCCCAGCAACUGCAGCAAAGCUGGCAGCGUCCUGAAGAAGCUGGCCCAGAACCGGAAGUCUGCACCCGCUGGCUCCCCCAUCACUGUGGGGGGGCUGGGCAUUGUGCGAAGGCAGUCCCGGGAGACCUCAGAGAGCCCGCAGCACGUCGCCGAGACUUCCCACUCUGGGAAGCUACAGGGGUCAGAGGGCACCACCCAGGACUUGCCCGCAUCCCCCCGAGACUGCUCUCAGGAGAUAGCCAAGACUCCCAAGACAAAGGAACCUCAAGGGCAGAAUGGGGGCUGUCAGGACAGGCCUCGGACCUCAUCAGGCACCUCUCAAGAGGCAGCCGACCCCCAGGAUACACCACGCCCCUGCACCCUCAACUCUUCCCUCGUGGCUGACUACUCAGACUCGGAGAGUGAGUGA